GGGGGCGGCAACAUGGCGGAGUGAGCGGCGGCGUCGGGGCUUCACAACAACAGUGGCGCCCGUAGCAGCGGCGGCAGCAGCGUCAAUUACAUCGGCCACAGCCUGAGCUUCAGCACCGGCCAGCGUCGUGGCCAGCUGCUCGCAUUCUAGGGCUUCUCGGAGCGGCGGCAGCAUCUCCGCGGGGGGCGGGCCGGGCCGGACGGACCGGGAGAGGGAGAGAGCAGAGGCAGCGGCGGCGGCAGCGGCAGCGGCACACCUGCUGGGCGGGCACGGCCGCUUGCCCGGCAGCGGUUAGCGGUACCGCCACCGCCGAGAAUAAGCCUGCGGAUCCCCCGCCGCCUCCGCGGGGGAGAGCGCCGGAGCGGGCCGGGCUGAGACGCAGGCGGGGAGCGGGCCCGGCGCCGCGGCGCUGGUGGAUGCUGGGGCUCCGAGGCGACGGCCGGGGGGCGGGGGCCGAGGCAGGUAUAACGGUACCGGCGGCGGCAGCGCCGCUGCUCUUCCCUUCUCCUCAGGAGGGGGGCCAAUGGCGAGCGAGAAGCCGGGCCCGGGCCCGGGGCUCGAGCCUCAGCCCGUGGGGCUCAUUGCCGUCGGGGCCGCUGGCGGAGGCGGCGGGGGCAGCGGCGGUGGCGGCACCGGGGGCAGCGGGAUGGGGGAGCUAAGGGGGGCGUCCGGCUCCGGCUCGGUGAUGCUCCCCGCGGGGAUGAUUAACCCUUCGGUGCCGAUCCGCAACAUCCGGAUGAAAUUCGCAGUGUUGAUUGGACUCAUACAGGUCGGAGAGGUCAGCAACAGGGACAUCGUGGAGACGGUGCUCAACCUGCUGGUUGGUGGAGAAUUUGACUUGGAGAUGAACUUUAUUAUCCAGGAUGCUGAGAGUAUAACAUGCAUGACAGAGCUUUUGGAGCACUGUGAUGUAACAUGUCAAGCAGAAAUAUGGAGCAUGUUUACAGCCAUUCUACGGAAAAGUGUUCGGAAUUUACAGACUAGCACAGAAGUUGGGCUAAUUGAACAAGUAUUGCUGAAAAUGAGUGCAGUAGAUGACAUGAUAGCAGAUCUUCUAGUUGAUAUGUUGGGGGUUCUUGCCAGCUACAGCAUCACUGUCAAGGAGUUGAAGCUUUUGUUCAGCAUGCUUCGAGGAGAAAGUGGAAUCUGGCCAAGACAUGCAGUAAAAUUAUUAUCAGUUCUUAAUCAGAUGCCACAGAGACACGGUCCUGAUACUUUUUUCAAUUUCCCUGGUUGUAGUGCUGCGGCAAUUGCCUUGCCUCCUAUUGCAAAGUGGCCUUAUCAGAAUGGCUUCACCUUAAACACUUGGUUUCGUAUGGAUCCAUUAAAUAACAUUAAUGUUGACAAGGAUAAACCUUAUCUUUAUUGUUUUCGUACUAGCAAAGGAGUUGGUUACUCUGCUCAUUUUGUUGGCAACUGUUUAAUAGUCACAUCAUUGAAGUCCAAAGGGAAAGGUUUUCAGCAUUGUGUGAAAUACGAUUUUCAGCCACGCAAGUGGUACAUGAUCAGCAUUGUCCACAUUUACAAUCGAUGGAGGAACAGUGAAAUUCGGUGUUAUGUUAAUGGACAACUGGUAUCUUACGGUGAUAUGGCUUGGCAUGUUAAUACAAAUGAUAGCUAUGACAAAUGCUUUCUUGGAUCAUCAGAAACUGCUGAUGCAAAUAGGGUAUUCUGUGGUCAACUUGGAGCCGUGUAUGUGUUCAGUGAAGCACUCAACCCAGCACAGAUAUUUGCAAUUCAUCAGUUAGGACCUGGAUAUAAGAGUACCUUCAAGUUUAAAUCUGAGAGUGAUAUUCAUUUGGCAGAACAUCAUAAACAGGUUUUAUAUGAUGGAAAACUUGCAAGUAGCAUUGCCUUUACAUAUAAUGCUAAGGCCACUGAUGCUCAACUCUGCCUGGAAUCAUCGCCAAAAGAGAAUGCAUCAAUUUUUGUGCAUUCCCCACAUGCUCUAAUGCUUCAGGAUGUGAAAGCGAUAGUAACACAUUCAAUUCAUAGUGCAAUUCAUUCAAUUGGAGGGAUUCAAGUGCUUUUUCCACUUUUUGCCCAGUUGGAUAAUCGGCAGCUCAACGACAGUCAAGUAGAAACAACUGUCUGUGCUACUCUUUUGGCAUUCCUGGUUGAACUACUUAAAAGUUCAGUAGCCAUGCAAGAACAGAUGCUGGGUGGAAAAGGCUUUUUAGUCAUUGGCUACUUACUUGAAAAGUCAUCAAGAGUUCAUAUAACUAGAGCUGUCCUGGAGCAAUUUUUAUCUUUUGCAAAAUACCUUGAUGGUUUAUCUCAUGGAGCACCUUUACUGAAGCAGCUUUGUGAUCACAUUUUAUUUAACCCAGCCAUCUGGAUACAUACACCUGCAAAGGUUCAACUUUCCCUAUACACAUAUUUGUCUGCUGAAUUUAUUGGAACUGCUACCAUCUACACCACCAUACGCAGAGUAGGAACAGUAUUACAGCUAAUGCACACCUUAAAAUAUUACUACUGGGUUAUUAAUCCUGCUGACAGUAGUGGCAUUACACCUAAAGGAUUAGAUGGUCCCCGGCCAUCACAAAAAGAAAUUAUAUCACUGAGGGCAUUUAUGCUACUUUUUCUGAAACAGCUCAUAUUGAAGGAUCGAGGGGUCAAGGAAGAUGAACUUCAGAGUAUAUUAAAUUACCUACUUACGAUGCAUGAGGAUGAAAAUAUUCAUGAUGUGCUACAGUUACUAGUGGCUUUAAUGUCAGAACACCCAGCGUCAAUGAUACCAGCAUUUGAUCAAAGAAAUGGAAUAAGGGUGAUCUACAAAUUACUGGCUUCUAAAAGUGAAAGUAUUUGGGUUCAAGCUUUGAAGGUUCUGGGAUACUUUCUGAAGCAUUUAGGUCACAAGAGAAAAGUUGAAAUUAUGCACACCCAUAGUCUUUUCACUCUUCUUGGAGAAAGGCUGAUGUUGCAUACAAACACUGUGACUGUCACCACAUACAACACACUUUAUGAGAUCUUGACAGAGCAAGUAUGUACUCAGGUCGUACACAAACCACAUCCAGAGCCAGAUUCUACGGUGAAAAUUCAGAAUCCAAUGAUUCUUAAAGUGGUGGCAACUUUAUUAAAAAACUCUACACCAAGCGCAGAGCUGAUGGAAGUUCGUCGUUUAUUUUUAUCUGAUAUGAUAAAACUUUUCAGUAACAGCCGUGAAAAUAGAAGAUGCUUAUUGCAGUGUUCAGUGUGGCAGGAUUGGAUGUUUUCUCUUGGCUAUAUCAAUCCUAAAAAUUCUGAGGAACAGAAGAUUACUGAAAUGGUCUACAAUAUCUUCCGGAUUCUUUUGUAUCAUGCAAUAAAAUAUGAAUGGGGAGGCUGGAGAGUCUGGGUGGAUACGCUGUCAAUAGCCCAUUCCAAGGUCACUUAUGAAGCUCAUAAGGAAUACCUAGCCAAAAUGUAUGAAGAAUAUCAAAGACAAGAAGAGGAAAACAUUAAAAAAGGAAAGAAAGGGAAUGUGAGCACCAUCUCUGGUCUUUCAUCACAGACAACGGGAGCAAAAGGUGGAAUGGAAAUUCGAGAGAUAGAAGAUCUUUCACAAAGCCAGAGCCCAGAAAGUGAGACCGAUUACCCUGUCAGCACAGAUACUCGAGACUUACUCAUGUCAACAAAAGUGUCAGAUGAUAUUCUUGGAAAUUCAGAUAGACCAGGAAGUGGUGUACAUGUGGAAGUACAUGAUCUUUUAGUAGAUAUAAAAGCAGAGAAAGUGGAAGCAACAGAAGUAAAGCUCGAUGAUAUGGAUUUAUCACCGGAGACUUUAGUAGGUGGAGAGAAUGGUGCCCUUGUGGAGGUUGAAUCUCUGUUGGAUAAUGUAUAUAGUGCUGCUGUUGAGAAACUCCAGAACAAUGUACAUGGAAGUGUUGGUAUCAUUAAAAAAAAUGAAGAAAAGGAUAAUGGUCCGUUGAUAACAUUAGCAGAUGAGAAAGAAGACCUUCCCAAUAGUAGUGCAUCAUUUCUCUUUGAUAAAAUACCCAAACAGGAAGAAAAACUACUUCCUGAACUUUCUAGCAAUCACAUUAUUCCAAAUAUUCAGGACACACAAGUACAUCUUGGUGUUAGUGAUGAUCUUGGAUUGCUUGCUCACAUGACCGGUAGCGUAGACUUAACUUGUACAUCUAGUAUAAUAGAAGAAAAAGAGUUCAAAAUCCAUACAACUUCAGAUGGAAUGAGCAGUAUUUCUGAAGGAGACUUAGCGUCAUCAGCUAAGGGGCUGGAGUAUGCUGAAAUGACUGCUACAACUCUGGAAACUGAGUCUUCUAGUAGCAAAAUUGUACCAAAUAUUGAUGCAGGAAGUAUAAUUUCAGAUACUGAAAGGUCUGACGAUGGCAAAGAAUCAGGAAAAGAAAUCCGAAAAAUCCAAACAACUACUACGACACAAGCUGUGCAGGGUCGGUCUAUCACCCAACAAGACCGAGAUCUCCGAGUUGAUUUAGGAUUUCGAGGAAUGCCAAUGACUGAAGAACAGCGGCGCCAGUUUAGCCCAGGUCCACGGACUACAAUGUUUCGUAUUCCUGAGUUUAAAUGGUCUCCAAUGCACCAGCGGCUUCUCACUGAUUUGCUAUUUGCAUUAGAAACUGAUGUACAUGUCUGGAGGAGCCAUUCCACAAAGUCUGUAAUGGAUUUUGUCAAUAGCAAUGAAAAUAUUAUUUUUGUACAUAACACAAUUCACCUCAUUUCCCAAAUGGUAGACAACAUCAUCAUUGCUUGUGGAGGAAUUUUACCUUUGCUCUCUGCUGCUACAUCACCAACUGGUUCUAAGACGGAAUUGGAAAAUAUUGAAGUGACACAAGGCAUGUCAGCUGAGACAGCAGUAACUUUCCUCAGCCGGCUGAUGGCUAUGGUUGAUGUACUUGUGUUUGCAAGCUCUCUAAAUUUUAGUGAGAUUGAAGCUGAGAAAAACAUGUCUUCUGGAGGUUUAAUGCGACAGUGCCUAAGAUUAGUUUGUUGUGUUGCUGUGAGAAACUGUUUAGAAUGUCGGCAAAGACAGAGAGACAGGGGAAAUAAAUCUUCCCAUGGAAGCAGUAAACCUCAGGAAGUUCCCCAAAGUGUGACUGCCACAGCAGCUUCGAAGACUCCAUUGGAAAAUGUUCCAGGUAACCUUUCUCCUAUUAAGGAUCCUGAUAGACUUCUUCAGGAUGUUGAUAUCAAUCGACUUCGUGCUGUUGUCUUUCGGGAUGUGGAUGAUAGCAAACAGGCACAGUUCUUAGCUCUGGCUGUUGUUUACUUCAUUUCGGUUCUGAUGGUUUCCAAGUAUCGUGACAUAUUAGAACCCCAGAGAGAGACUACAAGAACUGGAAGCCAACCAGGUAGAAACAUGAGACAAGAAAUAAAUUCACCAACAAGUACAGUUGUGGUCAUACCAUCUAUCCCUCAUCCAAGUUUGAACCAUGGAUUCCUUGCCAAGUUAAUUCCUGAGCAGAGCUUUGGCCACUCAUUUUACAAAGAAACACCUGCUGCAUUUCCAGACACUAUAAAAGAAAAGGAAACACCAACUCCUGGUGAAGAUAUUCAGCCAGAAAGUUCAAUUCCCCAUACAGAUUCAGGAAUUGGAGAGGAGCAAGUGGCUAGCAUUCUGAAUGGGGCAGAACUAGAAACAAGUACAGGCCCUGAUGCCAUGAGUGAACUCUUAUCCACUUUGUCAUCCGAAGUGAAGAAAUCACAAGAAAGCUUAACUGAAAAUCCCAGUGAAACGUUGAAGCCUGCACCAUCCAUAUCUAGCAUUAGUCAAACCAAAGGCAUCAAUGUCAAGGAAAUACUGAAAAGUCUUGUGGCUGCUCCAGUUGAAAUUGCAGAAUGUGGGCCUGAACCUAUCCCAUACCCAGAUCCAGCAUUGAAGAGAGAAGCGCAAGCUAUUCUUCCUAUGCAGUUUCAUUCCUUUGACAGGAGUGUAGUGGUGCCUGUAAAGAAGCCACCUCCAGGUAGUUUAGCUGUAACCACUGUGGGAGCCACUACUGCUGGAAGUGGGCUGCCAACAGGCAGUACCUCUAAUAUAUUUGCUGCUACUGGAGCUACACCAAAAAGUAUGAUUAAUACAACAGGUGCCGUGGAUUCAGGGUCCUCCUCCUCUUCCUCCUCUUCUAGUUUUGUGAAUGGUGCUACCAGCAAAAACCUUCCAGCUGUACAAACAGUUGCUCCAAUGCCAGAAGAUUCAGCUGAAAAUAUGAGCAUCACUGCAAAACUUGAAAGAGCUUUAGAAAAAGUUGCUCCUCUUCUUCGUGAAAUUUUUGUAGACUUUGCCCCAUUCCUAUCUCGUACACUUCUUGGCAGUCAUGGACAAGAGCUAUUGAUAGAAGGCCUUGUUUGUAUGAAGUCCAGCACAUCUGUGGUUGAGCUUGUUAUGCUGCUUUGUUCUCAGGAAUGGCAAAACUCUAUUCAGAAGAAUGCAGGACUUGCAUUUAUUGAGCUCAUCAAUGAAGGAAGAAACGCCGAGGACCACGUAACAGCAAAUCAGCUGAAACAGAAGAUUCUCAAUAUUCUCACAAAUAAACAUGGUGCUUGGGGAGCAGUUUCUCAUAGCCAAUUGCAUGAUUUCUGGCGUUUGGAUUACUGGGAAGAUGAUCUUCGUCGAAGGAGACGAUUUGUUCGCAAUGCAUUUGGCUCCACUCAUGCUGAGGCAUUGCUCAAAGCUGCAAUAGAAUAUGGCACGGAAGAAGAUGUAGUAAAGUCAAAGAAAACAUUCAGAAGUCAAGCAAUAGUGAACCAGAAUGCAGAGACAGAACUUAUGCUGGAAGGAGACGAUGAUGCAGUCAGUCUGCUACAGGAGAAAGAAAUCGACAACCUUGCAGGCCCAGUGGUUCUCAGCACCCCUGCCCAGCUCAUCGCUCCCGUGGUGGUGGCCAAGGGGACUCUCUCCAUCACCACGACAGAAAUCUACUUCGAGGUAGAUGAGGAUGAUUCCGCCUUCAAGAAGAUCGACACUAAAGUUCUUGCAUACACUGAGGGACUUCACGGAAAAUGGAUGUUCAGCGAGAUACGAGCUGUAUUUUCAAGACGUUACCUUCUACAAAACACUGCUUUGGAAGUAUUUAUGGCAAACCGAACCUCAGUCAUGUUUAAUUUCCCUGAUCAAGCAACAGUAAAGAAAGUUGUCUAUAGCUUGCCUCGGGUUGGAGUAGGGACCAGCUAUGGUUUGCCACAAGCCAGGAGGAUAUCAUUGGCCACUCCUCGACAGCUUUAUAAAUCUUCCAAUAUGACUCAGCGCUGGCAAAGAAGGGAAAUUUCAAACUUCGAAUAUUUGAUGUUCCUUAAUACGAUUGCAGGACGGACAUAUAAUGAUCUGAACCAAUAUCCAGUAUUUCCGUGGGUGUUAACCAACUAUGAAUCAGAAGAAUUGGACCUGACUCUUCCAGGAAAUUUCAGGGAUCUAUCAAAGCCAAUUGGUGCUUUGAACCCAAAGAGAGCUGUGUUUUACGCAGAGCGUUAUGAGACAUGGGAAGAUGAUCAAAGCCCACCCUAUCAUUAUAAUACCCAUUAUUCAACAGCAACAUCUACUUUAUCCUGGCUUGUUCGAAUUGAACCUUUCACAACCUUCUUCCUCAAUGCAAAUGAUGGAAAAUUUGAUCAUCCAGAUCGAACCUUCUCGUCCGUUGCAAGGUCUUGGAGAACUAGUCAGAGAGAUACUUCUGAUGUAAAGGAACUAAUUCCAGAGUUCUACUACCUACCAGAGAUGUUUGUCAACAGUAAUGGAUAUAAUCUUGGAGUCAGAGAAGAUGAAGUAGUGGUAAAUGAUGUUGAUCUUCCCCCUUGGGCAAAAAAACCUGAAGACUUUGUGCGGAUCAACAGGAUGGCACUAGAAAGUGAAUUUGUUUCUUGCCAACUUCAUCAGUGGAUCGACCUUAUAUUUGGCUAUAAGCAGCGAGGACCAGAAGCAGUUCGUGCUCUGAAUGUUUUUCACUACUUGACUUACGAAGGCUCUGUGAACCUGGAUAGUAUCACUGAUCCUGUGCUCAGGGAGGCCAUGGAGGCACAGAUACAGAACUUUGGACAGACGCCAUCUCAGUUGCUUAUUGAGCCACAUCCGCCUCGGAGCUCUGCCAUGCACCUGUGUUUCCUUCCACAGAGUCCGCUCAUGUUUAAAGAUCAGAUGCAACAGGAUGUGAUAAUGGUGCUGAAGUUUCCUUCAAAUUCUCCAGUAACCCAUGUGGCAGCCAACACCCUGCCCCACUUGACCAUCCCCGCAGUGGUGACAGUAACUUGCAGCCGACUGUUUGCAGUGAAUAGAUGGCACAACACAGUAGGCCUCAGAGGAGCUCCAGGAUACUCCUUGGAUCAAGCCCACCAUCUUCCCAUUGAAAUGGAUCCAUUAAUUGCCAAUAAUUCUGGUGUAAACAAACGGCAGAUCACAGACCUCGUUGACCAGAGUAUACAAAUCAAUGCACAUUGUUUUGUGGUCACAGCAGAUAAUCGCUAUAUUCUUAUCUGUGGAUUCUGGGAUAAGAGCUUCAGAGUUUAUUCUACAGAAACAGGGAAAUUGACUCAGAUUGUAUUUGGCCAUUGGGAUGUGGUCACCUGCUUGGCCAGGUCUGAGUCAUACAUUGGUGGAGACUGCUACAUUGUGUCCGGAUCUCGAGAUGCCACCCUGCUGCUCUGGUACUGGAGUGGGCGGCACCAUAUCAUAGGAGACAACCCUAAUAGCAGUGACUAUCCUGCACCAAGAGCCGUCCUCACAGGCCAUGACCAUGAGGUUGUCUGUGUUUCUGUCUGUGCAGAACUUGGGCUUGUUAUCAGUGGUGCUAAAGAGGGCCCUUGCCUUGUCCACACCAUCACUGGAGAUUUGCUGAGAGCCCUUGAAGGACCAGAAAACUGCUUAUUCCCACGCUUGAUUUCUGUCUCCAGCGAAGGCCAUUGUAUCAUAUACUAUGAACGAGGGCGAUUCAGCAAUUUCAGCAUUAAUGGGAAACUUUUGGCUCAAAUGGAGAUCAAUGAUUCAACACGGGCCAUUCUCCUGAGCAGUGAUGGCCAGAACCUGGUCACCGGAGGGGACAAUGGGGUAGUAGAGGUCUGGCAGGCCUGUGACUUCAAGCAACUGUACAUUUACCCUGGAUGUGAUGCUGGCAUUAGAGCAAUGGACUUGUCCCAUGACCAGAGGACUCUGAUCACUGGCAUGGCUUCUGGUAGCAUUGUAGCUUUUAAUAUAGAUUUUAAUCGGUGGCAUUAUGAGCAUCAGAACAGAUACUGAAGAUAAAGACAGACCCAAAAGCCAAGUUAAAGCUGAGAGCACAAGUGCUGCAUGGAAAGGCAAUAUCUCUGGUGGGAAAAACUCGUCUGCAUCGACCUCCGUUUGUGCAUUCCAUCACACCCAGCAAUAGCUGUACAUUGUAGUCAGCAACAUUUUACUUUGUGUGUUUUUUCACGACUGAACACCAGCUGCUAUCAAGCAAGCUUAUAUCAUGUAAAUUAUACGAAUUAGGAGACGUUUUGGUAAUUAUUUCAUAUAUUGUUGUUUAUUGAGAAAAGGUUGUAGGAUGUGUCACAAGAGACUUUUGACAAUUCUGAGGAACCUUGUGUCCAGUUGUUACAAAGUUUAAGCUUUGAACCUAACCUGCAUCCCAUUUCCAGCCUCUUUUCAAGCUGAGAAAAAAAAAAAAACACACGUUUGAUACUUUGUACAUCAGAUGCAUCUUAUUUAAAAGGAAUACUUUUGUAAAAGUAAAACCUUGUAUAAAGAACAAAAUGUUUCUUAAUUUUAUUGUGGAGUUACAACUUGCAUGUUCCUUACUCCUGAUGGCUUGAUGGAACAGGUGCAUUCACACUAUGAAACAGAAAGACCUGUCCAAGGACACAGCUUGUAUGAAAGGGUUGAAUUUGGGCUCCAUCAGUAAUUUUUGACAUUUUCACCAAAAUAUAGUUUGCACUUUUUAAUCUAAAUUCAUCCCUUCUGAGUGAAAUUUGCUCAUAAAGCAUUUGGAUAGUAAGCCAUUAUUUGCCAUUUUGGGUACUUUAUACAAAGAAAAUUCAGCCCUACCCUGCAUAAUUUGAAGACACAGCAGAAAGGGGGCUUAGGGAUGAGGUCCUGGUUUUUCUUGUAUAAAUAGGAGUUAUGAGCGUUAGUUCCGUAGUAAUAACUUCCCAGCACCUGCACAUCUCUUCCAGAGUCAUCCCACUGGCUUGGUGUGUAUACAUCAGGGGAGAAUAAUCUGAUGCUAACUUUUUUUUUUCUCUUUGGUUCUUGAAUAGCUUAGUUUCUUUAAUAACAAGUCAGACUUUAUUACAACAAUAAACUGAAGUUAUUCUUUUAGGUUCUCGUGAAAUUCUCACCAAAAGCCACAUUCUUAGCCUAAGGCACUUCAUCUUUUAUGAUAUAAAAUGAUGGCUAUCAAAUGAUUUUCCAUACAUUGUACUGAUCAAGUUAUACACCCAGGGGUAUAUACACUUUCUUCAUGUUUCUUCUUUGUAUAUUUGGUGACUGUAUCGUCAUAGAUGUACAUAUUGUGUCGGUAGGGCUAUGAGGCAUGUUACAGGAAUGUAAUUUUCUCAGAAUUUACACUCACUUGCAGUCAUUUAUUUAAAAAGAUAAAACAAGAUAAUGGGUUCUUUGUAUUGGCACUUUGCACCAGAAACAUAUCAUUAUUUAUUGAUGUGAUUACUUAUUUGUUAUCCACCUUGUACUAGUAAGUUUUAGCACUGAAUUCCUUCUUCAUUGUUGUUUGUAUUUAUGAAAUUCUGAAAUUAUGGGGAAUCAGCAUAGUGAUUAAGUUAUUCAUCACCAGGCUGUAAAGCAAUAUCUUGAGUUUGUAGCUUAGAAUCGGGAGGACACUGAACAUCUGGAAGACAAGUCCAUUUCAUCUUGAGAUCAUGGUGAAAUAUUUUGGAUAUAUAAAUUCCUUAAGCUAUUGUAACCAUGUUUUAUUGCAAAGAUGUAAAAUAUGCCAGAUGUGUGUGAGUUGGAAAUCAAAAAAAGAAAAAUAAAAUAUGCAAAGAAUUCA